GGAGAGGAGCAGUUUACAGAAUCACCAAUCAAACACAUUCCUAGCUACAUGACCUAUAUUCAAGAAAUGGAAAUGGUAUUGAUGAUCUCUUUGUUCUUAACUACCCUCUUAACUCUUGUCUUGCUUGGAAAAUUCCUCAAACGAAACACUACCAAAGUGAACCGACCACCAUCUCCAUGGCGGCUUCCUGUGAUUGGAAACCUCCACCAGCUCACCCUCCACCCUCACCGUGCCCUCAAAACCCUCAGUCUCCGGUAUGGACCACUCAUGCUCCUUCAUUUUGGUCGUGUCCCCAUACUUGUGGUCUCCUCUGGUGAAGCAGCUUACGAGGUAAUGAAAACACACGAUCUUAAGUUUGCAAACCGCCCCAAAUCAAAAGCCGUUAAUGGGCUUUUUGACGGUGGACGUAAUGUGGUGUUUGGUACCUAUGGAGAAUUUUGGAGACAGAUGAAGAGUGUAUGCAUUCUGAAUCUGCUCACCAACAAAAUGGUAGCCUCUUUUGAGAAGGUAAGAGAAGAAGAGGUAACUGAAUUGAUCGAGAAGCUAGAGAAAGCAAGUAGUUCUUCAUCAUCAGAAAAUCUGAGCGAAUGCUUUGUUACUAUAACAAGCGAUGUUACGAGCAGAGUUGCCUUGGGAAAGAAACAUAGCCAGGGUGAUACCGCAAGGGAUUUCAAAAAGCGAGUGAGGCAGAUUAUGGAGAUUGUAGGCGAGUUUCCGAUUGGGGACUAUAUCCCGGCUUUGGCAUGGAUAGAUAGUAUCAACGGUUUCAAUAAGAAAAUUAAGGAAGUGAGUCAAGCUUUUGGCGAGAUUAUGGACAAAGUGAUAGAAGAACAUGUAGAGGCAGGUAAUCGUAAAGAGGACUUCGUCGAUAUACUUUUAUCGAUAGAAGGCGAUAAGGAUAGCGGAUUACAGGCUGGAAGAAAUGACAUAAAGUUUGUGAUCUUGGAUAUGUUUUUAGGAGGGACAUCAACCACUUCAACUCUAUUAGAAUGGACAAUGACGGAGCUAUUCAGACAUCCAGAGUGUUUGAAGAAACUCCAAGACGAGGUUCGGUCGACCAUGACGCCAAAUACUUCAUACAUAAAAGAAAAAGAAGUUGCGAAUAUGAAAUACCUAAAAGCUGUGGUUAAAGAGGUGCUCAGGGUGCAUCCUUCUCUUCCAAUGAUAAUUCCUAGACUCUUAAGUGAAGAUGUCAAAGUUAAGGGAUACGACAUAGCCGCAGGGACAGAGGUGAUAAUCAAUGCAUGGGCAAUCCAAAGAGACCCGGCUGUAUGGGGACCAGAUGCAGAAGAGUUUAAACCAGAGAGACACUUAAAUACAACUUUGGAUUACCAUGGCAAAGAUGUAAACUACAUUCCAUUCGGAUCAGGGAGAAGGAUAUGUCCAGGAAUAGGACUUGCUUUGGGUUUGGCAGAGGUGACAAUAGCCAACCUUGUAGGCCGAUUUGACUGGAGGGUAGAGGAUGGUCCAAAUGGGGUUGAUUCUGAUAUAGCUGAAUCUGUUGGUCUUGAUAUUUGCCGCAAGUUCCCUCUCAUUGCAUUUCCAUCUUCUGUUAUGUAAUAUGUUUUCUCUUUUUACCUUGUUAUGAAAUUCAAUAAUAAUUAAGAUGCAAUUCAAUAAUA